AUGACCUGUCUACGGAGUUACUUCAGCCGCGUCUCCCCACAAUCCUUUCUCAACUUUAUUACCACAACCACAACCACGGCCCCAAGAUAUCUGGAGAAUACGCGCUGCCUGCUUCAUUUCAACGGCAUAACCUGCUGGAAACUCACGAGUGCCAUCGAUAAUCCUGUUCCGCGGCACCCCUGCGCUUCCCCGAGCGACAGACUAAAAAGCUACCGCAUAGCACAGAACGCACCGUCACCGUCUGCGUACAACCUGAACACCGGCAAGAUGGCCGAGCCGCCAAAGAAAAAUCCGCCCACGAAGCUGAAGAUCAGGAUAGGCCCCAAGCCUCCAGCCGCCACGACACCAUCGCAAAGCUCCCAGAGCAGCCCCCCCUUACAAGACUACCUCAACCAAAGUGGCACUCUAAGCAUCCCAUCGCUGAGCACACCUCCCUCGGUUGCGCCAUCUAAGAAACCUUCCUUGAAAUUAAAGACAAAGGUAAUCACACCAGGAACCGCUCAUCAAGAUGUCAAGCCCAAGAAGAGUAAAGCAGGCCGGCCGGCCAAACCCAGCGCGAAGCUCAUCGAUAACAAGAAGCGUGGCCGAGACGACGAGUCCCACAGCGAAGCAGAGGCGACUAUCAAAGUUCAGCCUCCAAAGAAAAAACAAACCAUCAUCUUCAAAGCGCCGGGCGGCCCCAAGACUCCAGUCCCGGCUACACCUACCGCUAUCACUCCUGUGAUGAUCAAGGCGAAGGUGAAGGGCAAACCACCAAAGAGAAUCCCGGGAGAGGGAUACGACUCGGAAGCCAGCGAUCGUGAAAUCGACCCUGUCAUCGAAGAGGAGUUCAUCUUGCGAAUGGUACCUGGAGAUGACUGCGAUUAUCUACGAGAUUGUAUUGCAAAGAAAUUGAUCGGUGGUAACAGAUUAAGCAAUGGUGCUGACGUCUCGAUGAAGUUCUACCAGGAACAUGGCCGUCGAGCUUCAGUCACGAUUCGAGGCCGGGUUUACGCUGCCACAAUGGUCGAUCUCCCCUGCAUUAUCGAAGGCAUGAAGAGUUGGGACAAGCGCGGCUGGUGGAAAAGCGCGGAUAUCUGCCAGAUGCUAUGGGUAUUCGCUCAGGUAAACUCUGAAGCAGAAGCCAAAACCAUCCCACUACCUGAGAUCAUCGACGAAAACACCUUCCAAUAUCCUCACGGCCUUACUGCCCCCAUGCACAAUGUACGCAAGCGACGCUUCCGAAAACGCAUGCACAAAGUCGAGAUUGAGAAAGUCGAGGCGGAAGUAGAGAGAUUGAUGGAGGCAGACAGCAAGGCCGUGCGCACCAAAUACACGAUCAUUGACCCAGGACGAGAAAGCAGACGCCAAAGCGAGGCCUUCAGUCGUGAUGGCAGCAACACACCGUUCAGACAUGGAACGCAGCAGCAGUACUCCGAGAACGAGGAGGACGGAGAAGAAGACGCUGAGGGCGAGGAAGAUGAUGGAUACUUCAUCAACAACGAUCAAAACGAAGCUAAUGUCAAGCUGGAGGACUACGACCCUAUCGACGAUGCGCUUCUCGAGGCUGACCUGGAGGCUGCUAUGGAAGCUGAUUUUGGGGAUUUCGGGGAUGCUGUGGAUACUGGUGAUGCUGCUGAUGCUGCCGGGACGCCUGUGGCCGAGACUCCUUCUGUAAUGACCCCGUCUAUGUCUGUUAAUAUGCCACCCGAGGAGGAACAAGAGGAAGCCGACAGCGGUGAUGAUUCCGUGGAGGACGACGACGAUGAGAGUAGCGAGAUUGACGCCGAGGAGCGUAACAGGCUGAACCAGAUCCAGGGAAUGAAGGAGGAUAUCGCGGAGAUGGAGAGAGAGCUGGUGGCCCAGGAGGCGAAGCUUGUCGCGACGUCUAAUCUGAUCCUAAAGAAGAGAAUCGAGGAUCAGAUCCGGAAGCUGAAGACCGAGUUGCAGUUGAAGAAGUCCAGUAUUGGGGAGGGCGAGGGGGAAGAUAAUGAAUGA